GGCAGCAUGGGAUCCAACUCGGCCUCCUGGCCAGAGAUCUUCCUAUGGAUAUACAUUCUGUCGAUAUUGUCAUCAUCAGCAGCAGGUGAAUUCGUUUUCAAAGAAAACGACGAGGACCGUCUGUACAAAGAUAUGAUGAAAUACUACGUGAAAUCGUCACUUCCAGUGUUAGUGAGCAACUCUACUAGCGUUAAUGUAGAUAUAGUACUCAACAGUCCAAGACUGGAAUUACUGGAAACAUCAACUGAUACUAUGACGAUUUACUUUUUACUUAGAAUAACUUGGCAAGAUGAAAGGUUGCAAUGGAACGCUUCGGAAUAUGGAAAUUUGAAAAUCAUGAGACUCCCCCCAGAUUCAAUAUGGCUGCCUGAAUUGGAGGUUUAUAAUGUUUCACCGUUUCAUCCAAGCAGCAGCAAGUGCCAAAGUAUAGUGGUCAAUUCUACGGGGUUCGUAACGUAUGCUCCUAUGCAAAUAAUUUCGUUCUAUUGUCAACUUGACUUGUCGAAGUUCCCUUACGACACGCAAACAUGCUCACUUGAGAUGGGGCCCUGGUCAUACAACAGCGCAUACCAGAACAUGACGUUCAAUGGCAAGACUGGACUACAGGAAGUAUUUGUGAGCAGACGAGAGAGAGGUCAUCCCCAAUGGACAAUAGAUACAAUAAAGACCAACAUUUGGCAUUACAAGUAUACAUGCUGUCCGGGGAUAUUCCAGACUCUUUGGGUAUCUAUCACUGUUACCAGAGUAGAAUCAUACUACAGCCUUGCUCUCGUGGGACUGCCAGUCUUCCUCGCCAUCCUUAUCCCUGUGGUGUUCUUGCUUCCUCCUGAUCAGACAUCCAGAACAAAUUACGGUAUGAUACUGUUGAUGACUAUGACUGUGAUGAUGAUGGUCUUUCAAGAGGCUGUACCGUUCGAUCACGCCACAACCCCAGUUCUAGUGGUGUUCUACUUUGCCAUCUUUGUACUGCAGUUCUUCAGCAUUCUCUGCUGUGUAUUAACCGGUAAUCUGCGGCACAGGGGAGCAAGGAGAAAGCCUUUACCGGCCUGGCUAGGUUCCCUGUGUAUACGGUUUCGCGCUCUACGGAGGUGUCUUUGUUUGGACAGUAACUUCCCGGGAUUCCAGGAAUCUUAUACUCAGAUGAACAUACGUUCAUUGGAAGAAUCCAAGGACCUGGCACAGGACACUAGACUGGACAAUGUCGAUAUUGCAGUGACGGACGAACACUUCCGACACAUAGCGAACAACACAAAAAUUAUGGCCGGAAAAGUCCUCCGAAAGAGCACGUACGAAAAGCUGGCACGUGAUUGGCAGGAAGUUGGUCGGUGCCUCGACAUAUGUUUUUUCUUUUUGUUCCUAUUGCUGAUCAUCAUCAUUGCUUUAACUACAGUACUGUAAAGGAUCACAGAUUUCCCAUUUACUAGUAAAAUGUAUAUAUCAUCACAGGCUAUGUUAAUAUAAAACCUCAUGUUAUCUGUUUCUGCACAUGGUUGCUUGCAAUACUCAUUCCGCUAUCAGAACAUUUAAUAGCCGCAUUUAGAGUAACAGUAAAAGUUCCAAAAGAAAUUAAAAAAAAAACAACUUUGUGUAUGUAAAAAUAAUGUGAUCAUAUGUCAUUGAUAUGAUUUACAGUCUUUUUAACGCUGAUGUUGCACGUACAAUUCUUUAAACAUUCUCAUCAUUUUAUCCUUUGUAUAGCAUAUCUUAAACGAUAUAUCCAAUAAAGUAUAUUCUAACAAA